CUCCUUAUCACUAGGGUUUUAGAAAAACCUUCAAUUUUUGGGAUUAUACCAACAAGCCCAGUUUCCUCAUUUCCUCCCCAAAUUACAACCUCAGCUCCAAAUCUUCCGCACAAAAAGGAACGACAAUGGCUAUCGCCGCCGCCAGAUCCGUUUUCCGGUCAUCGACCGUCCGCAGCGCCGCCACGAGGCUGGCGUCCCAAGCGAAGUCCGCUCCUUCCCCUUCGCCGUUCCGCCUCCCCUCCAGAACUCCCCUGCUAGCUCAUCGCAUCUUCCGGUCUCCUGCUGAAUUGAGUGCGUGCGUAGAGUCGAUGCAGCCGUUCCACACCGCCACCGCCUCGGCGUUGAUGACAUCGAUGCUCACCGUCUCUCGAUUCGGUUACGGUUGGCUCGCUGAAGGCCUUGACAAGACUAGAUGAAGGUGGCACGGCAAAGAGGGAAUACUUGGGAUUCUUUUUCCUUAGAACAUACCUACAAGAAGACAGCGCUUACGUUCUUAGACAUGUCUGGCUGCUGUUGCAUGAAUAAAGACUCGUAUUUUCCAGUUGUUAAGAAAUUAUGGAACUCUCAUUUGUAGAUUUCUACUAUACAUCUUAUCUUUUCACCACUCAACCUUUUCAUUAUCAAAUGCCCAUGUCUCAGAUAUGUGUCUUCGUUAAUCAAAUUGCAUGUCGCCUGACUAUGUUAAUCAGGUCAAUGUGUUUGCUUA